UGCCGUCUAUGGGGUCGCACAGAGUCGGACCCGACUGAAGCGACUUAGCAGCAACAGCAGCAGCAAUGUAAAGGAAGGGACUCCUGAGGGCUCAAAGUAUGACCUGGUGCUGGAAGGCUUCCAUGCAAUCUGAAAGCCUUGAUCACUCAUUGGACGGUGGUCAUGCCAAUCCUUGCCUCCUGGCAAAUGAGCUUAGAGCUGGCGCUGGAGGAAGUGGUCGCGGUUGACCCUUCCAGCUCCACCUACCGUCGCCAGCCCAUCAGGGUCUUUCCCGCCUUGUCCACCGCCAGCUCAGCUUCGGUCUUGGUGGGCCGGUCUGCGGGCCACCCCCUCACCAUUCCUGUUGUGGGGCCCACACCAGCAAGUCGCAGACUCCUGUUCCCUGUGCAGCCGACGUCUCUGCUGUCCCCACCCCCACCCCGCGGUCCCACUGCCAACAGCGUCUCCUCAGCGCAACACUCAGCCCUGCGGCCGCCAUCUUCCCCACAGACCUCACUGCAGGACGAUCACUGUCUGGCACGUCUCUCCUGCCAUGUCUGCCAUAGAGGAGCACUAUUGGAUCCCAGGUGGCCCGGAUAGAGCUGGUGGCGGGGCGGGCCGUGACCCCAGUCUCCUUGGGGUCCAAGCAUCUGCUUGGGAGGGGACGGAAGGAGUCGAGGAGGCCACGGCUCUUCUGGCUUCCUUGGAGGUCUCCAGAGCCCUUCCCGGGGAGCAGGGUUGGCCACAGGCCACUGUGGAAGAGGAAUGUGGUAGAGGGCCGUUAGAGGAGGAGGAGAUGGAGGAAGAUGUAGAGAUGCAGGAGGACGAGGAAGAGGGUGAGAUUGACUUCGACUUGGAGGACGUGGAGGAGGAGGAGCACCUGUCUGGAGAGGGCGAGGAAGAGGAGGACGACAGUGAGCAGGAGGGUGCGGCAGGGGUAAUAGGCCUUGGGUUCUGCGUGGAGACGUUUGGGCCCCUGUUCUGGAGUCAGGUCGACUCCUUUCUACGCAAUUUCCGUAACAACAGACAUGUCCUGUUCCGGCCUCCCACUGACCGCCUGAUGGCCAGGGGCCGCUCCCAAGCACCCUCGGAGCCUGGAGAAGGUCCGGUGCCUCCUCAGGAGCAGGAAGACCUGGGAGAGGGAGGCAGAGUCUUGCAGGGCCUAGACUCGGCUGCUGAUUUUCAGUUGGGAUAUUUUCCCUGCCAACUUUGGACUCCAAUGUCUGCAUCAUUCUGCCCCAAUGAUGAUGGUGAGGAUCAGUAUGAAAACACUGAUGAAGAGGAAGAGGCUGGAAAGGAAAAACGUGAAGGACUCUGAAUGGAUGUGGUCUCAGCAAAAAGCAGCUCUGGAUAAUACAGGUAUUAUUGUAUAGGCUUUCGUACGACAUAACCAUUCCUGACACAUACCUGUUAAAAACAGCUUUAUAUUUUUAAUUUUUCUUCUGUAAAGUAAAUAAGAAAAUUGUUGAAAUUUAAUUUUGGAAAAACAGUUUAUUGUUAAUAAUGAAUUCUAGAUAAUGUAGGAGGCAGUGUGUUCUGAA